AUGUCUGCCGUACAGGCGGCCACCAAGCCGGAGACGGCGCAGAAGGUGCUUUCGUUGCUUCUCCGCCAGGGGAACCAGUUUUCGGCGUACAACUUCCGAGAAUAUGCCCUGCGCCGCACACGAGACGCCUUCCGCGAGAACAGGAGCGUCGAAGACCCGCGGAAGGUACAGGAGUUGGUGCAAAAGGGCUUGAAGGAAUUGCAGGUACUGAAGGCUUGUGGUGGAGGGAGGGAUAUCGGGCAAGGACGGGGCGGGCCACGGCGAGACGACGAGGCAGAAGGAUACCGGGCCCUGAACCAGGACAUAGGGCCUCCCGUUUGCCGCGAUGCAGCGGUCGGUCUUCCCGUCCGACAAUGGCGCCAGGAAUGGGUCAGUGUUGCUCCUUCGUCACAACAGGAGAUGACCCAACAGGGCGACCGAUGGGCCGUUGAACUCCCUUACGGUAUGCCGAGAGAAUCCCACCUUCUCCCGCCACACACCCAGGAACUCCUUCGCGCCGCCAGAUCCGGCCGGUUAUACAAACGCCCUGCUCCAAUUGAGGACGAGGAACUUGACGCCGAGCUUGAUGUUAUUAAGGGGGAGAAGAAGGACUCAGAGUCGGCGAAUGAUGCGUACAUGGUGAAGCUAUGGAAACAAGUACCACGCAAUGCUGAAAGCCAAACGAUAUCCCACCUGGCGAAGCGGCACAAGAACACCGUCACCCUGGCUUCGAAGGCGAUGGCGCCGCAGGCGGCAGGGCCUACUGUUAUCCGGGCCACCAUUCGCCGGAUGGAUGCCGCUGGCAACCCAUACGAACAAACCAUCACCCUUGCCGACGGGCAGCAGGUCGACGGCGAGAUCAUCUCUACCACGGUCGUGCCGGCCCCGGCAGCCGCCCAAGGAGACUUGGCCGUGCAGCAGACAACACCGGUCAGGAGGAGGCCGCCACCACCCAAACGCAAGCCGAAGGGCGUUGGGCGUGGGCGCAAGAAGGGAAGGCUGCCCUUGCCGUUGCCAGCGACAAGGUCACACGCCACUACUGUAGACGGCACUCCGUCUGUCAAGACCGAGAAUGUGGGCCCUGAUGUGAGUUUCCAUUUCGUUCCAAUAGCCUCCGAUGUGCUUCGCCGACCACUAACGCUCAUAUCGAAGCAGGGAAUCAAGAUUGAAGAGACCGAGGAUAGCACAAACCAAGAUAGCGAAAUGGCCGAUAUUUCGAAUAUACCCUCUGACGACGAAGAAAGUGAGGGUGGUGAGGGCGAGGACGAAGAGGAGGGAGAUAAGGAAGCCGCGGAUGACGAUGGGAGUGAGGCCCCGAAGGUUGAGGAUGCCAACGGCGAGGCCCGCAUCCAAGAGGUUAAGGGUUCGGAGAUGUCAGAGACCAUUCAGCCGAGUUCUGUCGAGGAGCCAGAUGAGCCCCGCCCCGCCGUGGAGGAGGUAGAGGAGAUCACGAUACCCAAGGUUCGCUUCCAGCCGCCUACCCUAACGAAUCUCGGAUCAUCACUCGGGUUUACGAAGAUUGAGGGGAGCCCCUUGAAGAACGUCAUGAUCCUGUCGCCAACCGAGCCAUCGUCCAUGAUCCCACCUACAGCGAAUACUUCCUUUGCUGCGGCCAACUACCUCGAAGUCCAGUCCCGCACUCUGUCCAUGGAUAUGGGCUCAGGUGGCGCCAUCAACCAAGCGUAUACCGCGGAAACUACCACUCGUGGGAUCCUGCCGCCGCUUAGGGAUAACGCAGGACUCCGGCACGCUGUGAACCAGAACAUUGCAGGAACAAUCACCCAACAAACAGCAGCUCCCUUAGCAGCACCCCCACAGGCACCCGCCCUUGAGCCAAUGGUGGCAACGACAACGACAACGACCACGACGGUGCCGAUAACAAGCCCGGCAGACCAGCUCCUCGAGCCACAACCUGCCGCGGUUACAAUCACCACAGCCAAGACUCAAUCACCACCCAUCGAACCGGUCCCUCUUCCAGCCCCGCCAAUACAGCCCAGCGAAGAGAAAGGAGACGAAACCACUGAAGUAGUCCCCGACGCGACCCCCGCCCUCGAGCCGCCCGCCUCCCCUGCGCUCGCUCCCAUGGCCCUCCCGACCGGGGACGACGAAGACGACGGGCUUAACUUGCUUGGGAGCCUCGAGCGUGAACUCGACCGCCAGGAGGGCGUGAGCAGUGGCUCUUCGGAGGAGGAAGAAGGGAAAGCUAUGUCCUUUGCGGGGCCCCCUACUGAGCCUGCGACUGUGGAGGAAAAGGGUGGCGCUGAAGCGGAAGCCGGCGCUGGCGCCGAGGAGACUGGUGCGAAGGGGGUGGUGGGAGAGGGGAAAGAAGAUGUGGUGAUGGGGGAAGGGGUGACCGGUCCUUGA